AUGGUGCCACGGUUCAUUUCAAAUAAGAAGCUGGGAACAGUAUGCAACCUUCCCGAAGAACAUCCGAAAAUCAAGAAGAUCUACCGCAUCAUCCUGGGAACUGCGAUAAAAGAAAAACAACAUACAUUGUUCUCCUGCAUUUUGAAAUGUAACACUAAAGAACAAGCCUGUCAACGGCUUCUAGCUACUCCGACUUGGAAGAGGAUUGAGAAAGGAUCGAGAUUGAUUUGUGAUUCUGUUCGAUCUAGCGCCAAGUCUUCCCUUUGCGCAAAGUACGACAAACUCCUGAGCGCUACUCGCAAAAAUCAAAGGACUGGUGAGAGCAACGUACCCGAACAAAACCGCAAUGUAAGUGACAUAGCUCAAAACGAAUGUCUGGAUUGCACGGCAAGAGUCACAGUAAUCGGCAACACUCAGAUUUCCGACAAUGCGCGUAAAUUUUUAAGCUUGGGUCCUUCAUUUUCCAUUACUCAGAACGUCAAUGAAAGCGUAUUUCGUAAAGUCAUCACUGGUCUUUACAGAGUACGAGAUCAAUUGAGAAUAAGGGCCAAAAAUAGCGAAAAACGAAAUUCAAACGCACAAGAAGUACGAGCUGAGCAUCCACUUCCUUGUGUUCCCUUUCCAAGCACUUUUUAUAGAGAGCCUCAACCAGUACCUGAGGCAGACGUCAAGUUCAGAAUUUUAUCCUCAAACGUUUUGACUGCUUACACACAGCCAAAACCUUGCUGCCGUACUAACUUGACUUAUUCGGAAAUGCUUGGAUAUAAGGAAGUUCGUGAUUUGAUAAGAUCUGAAAAAGUGCGCAUCUCUGUCAGUGACAAAGGUGGAGAGUUCGUGAUCAUGCCACAGGAAUUGGAUCGAGAAAUCACCGAACUCCAUCUCAAUGACAAGAGUGUGUACAAGCGCGUUUCCGAAAAGGAAUAUCAUUCGCAGUACAAGCGUUUAAAUCACGUUUGGAUGAGCAUAGGAAAAUCAGCUGGCCUCAGCGAGAGCUUUCUUGCCAGACUUAAAAAGUGA